GGUGGAUGUAUGAAAGUUUACCAAAAACAUACUUUUGCCGGCAAUUUUAUAAUCAUGUUUACACCACGAGGGUUGACUACUAAAGCUCGGGGGUCACCGUUUACACCUUCGUCCACUCAAAGUAAACGAAUAUCUAAUCUUUUCACGCCACAAAGUCGUCGACCAUCUCUUUCUCAGUUCACUGGAGGGAGAAGUCAGAUAUCUGCCAACAGGUCACAGAGCUCUCAGCUGCUGGACGACUCAUCACUACACAGAGUUGAUAAUUAUGGAGUCUCUCUGCCAGUCCUCAUUACAGAGGCUCUCACUCUGGCCGACCGGAGCACAGAGAUCACUGUGUGUUUUGACCCGUCUGGCUGGGCAUGGAUGGUAGGUGGCCGCAAGUUGUUCGUGUGGAGGUACAAGCCAACAGUCACCACUCGGGGUGUCCAAUGCAAAGAGCUGAUGCUUCCUUCCAGUGACUUGGCACACAGUGCUGAGAGAGUGUGCAUCAUCCCCAAUAUAGGCGACAGUCAGAUGGCAUCCUGUGUGGCGGUGUCACCGGAAGGUGUUGUCAGAUACUGGCCAAACAUCGCAUACGAGUCGUCCACCGCAGAGAUCAGUGCUGAACUUAAGGGCGAGGAGUGUGCCUGUGUUGUUAACUUUGAGCCUUUCGGUGUUCUUUUGGCAACGACUACCAGCUCCCUCAUUUUGUUACUGACAGCACCAGGACAGAACACAAUUUCAUGCCAGCCUUUGAAGUCAUCUCAAGGAAUGUUUGCUGGUAUAGGGCGGAGAAUGUCUUCUUUUAUAUUUGGUGCAUCACCUCUUCAAACAACUGGAGCAACUUUGCAAGCACUGGUGCCGGGAUUUGUGGAUGAAGACAGCAGACCAUUCUUUGUUUUGUCUGGCACUGUGCUGCAGAAGUGGGAAAUAUCGGAAGAGUGUCCAGAAAAGCUGUUGUAUCAGGUAGACAUUGGACGAUUGUUUAGAGAUGCCCUUGCCAGAAAAGUUUGGAAUCAAGAUUCUGUGCAAAUGGCUCAAUUGCGAACUUGGCUGCUUGAUAUGAAAAUAACAAGAAAUGGAGUCAUGAUACUUGGGUGUGGAGUAAACCUUGAGUCGACAUCUGUUGUGCAUUACGCUGUGGCUUUGUUGUCAACCAGCGAGUCUGAACCAGCCUCAUCUCUGGAUAUGUUCACCGUGCUGGACAACACUGAACACUACCAGGAAGAACACGAAAACUACUUUCUUGGCUACCAUUUAUUGGUUCCAGAUAUCAACUCUCUUGUGGCUUACAUAUACGACAAGCAUAACAUCUUUAUUGUGUCAGUUUCAGAGUCUAACCCAACAGACACUAUUGAACUUCCAUCCGGGGACCAGUUACUUGGUGCAGGCAACAGUGACAAAACCGCUGUGUUCUUCUCCAACUCGCGAGGCUUGUUCUGUGUGUCAUCCUCCGCUAAAACAGAACAAAGCAUACUGGACGAAUCGGACCAAGCAGCCCUGGCCAGGACAGAAGUGUCUUCUUUAGUUACAAGUCAUUCGAAGGUCGCUGAGAUGAGUGUCAGUGAUGACCGAUACACACGUCUGAAAGCUGCUUUUAUCAAUUCUCUCAGUGGACACCUGCAAGAUGCGCAGACUGCCGUUGAAAACCUUUUUCCUUCACUGUGCGAUGAAAGUGAGGCACACACUGACAUGGAUGAGCUGGUAGUGGCAUUAAGUGUUGAUCUUAUUGAUGACUACCCGACAUCCGACCCCAGAUGGGCGGAAAGCCUUCGACAAGAUGCAGCUUUCAGUUCAUCACUGAUUAUCCAGCAACAGUUGAGAGACAAGGAAAAAGCACAUGAUUAUUUGAUUAGCUUUCUCAAGAAACUCGACCUCUGGGACAGGCUCUGUGGUGUGGUCAUGCGAGAGACGGUGAUGUCUACCAGAUUGUUCCUCUGUGAACACGCCGAGAAGCUACAGGCUGCGAUUGCACUGCGAGAGUUACACAGCGAACAUGCUGCAGUGAUUGACAACUGUAUUCAGGCAGUCCUCGAAACUGAACGUGAUGCUCAAAUACCAUCAGGCCUUACUCCACAAGAUGUCUUCUACAGGGAGGUGUCUAGGAUUAGUGAAAUUGUGUCAGCUCUCAUUGACUACGAGGUGGACAGACUUUCCUCAGAUCUUCCUCCUCGACAGCGUGUAAUUCUUGUUUCCAUCACCAACAACAUUCUUGAAGGAGUUCUGAGUAGUGCUCUGCAGUAUCGCCAGUGUAAGGCGGCAGUGUUCCAGUCUGAGGCGGAUGAGCUGUCUGAUUUCGAGUACAUUCCGUGGACCUCGUCUGGUGGAAGCAAAGGCAUCCGCACUCUCAUAUCAAAACAGUUUAACAUUACCCUAGAAAGUGGUGUGCCAGAAGCAAAGAACGUGGAGGGUAGAGGUGUGUUGUUUGAACAAGUGCUUCGAAUGGCCGAUCUCUUGUUAGAUGGCUACAGUUGUCAGCUGGAAUCUCUUCGACAGAAUCCAGAAAAGUCCGAACAGUAUCGACAGUUGAACAAGAAAUACGAACAAGAACGAUCCAAGCUGAUCUCACCUCUGUUGGACUAUGAACAGUAUGAGCGUGCAGCGUCACUGGCAGAGAAGUACUUUGACUUCAAUGCUCUCAUUCAAAUAUGUGAAGUAACCAACAACGAAGAGCGUCUUCAGCGCUACAUUACACAAUUUGCUGAUAGGGGGUUCUCCAAGUUUCUGUUUGACUGGUACAUGAAAGAAGGAAAGCGAGGCCGCCUGCUGUGUCAGCCUGGCAUACAGAGUGAAGAACUACAGACAUUCCUCAACUCCGAUAACAACAAGUACCUCAGCUGGCUUCACGAUAUCAACUCGGACAACUAUCUUGGUGCACAUGAAACAUUAAUGCAGCUACAAGAAGAAGAAACAACAUUUUUAGCAAAAAAAAAGACUCUGCUCAGUUUGUGUAAGCUUGCUGCUCUUGCCGUCGACAACUAUGACAUUGACCUUACCGACAACAUUGAAGUGACAAAUGAUGCCUUGAAUUUGGUUUUGCACCAAGAACAAGUUCCUCCUGAUGUUUUUAGGAAUAUUGGAGUAAACCCGGAAAACAUGAGAGUUUUCUCACCAAAAGAAUUAAUAGAGUUGUACAUUGGAGAUGAGAAUCACAGUGCUAACGAGUACCACUUCAAAAUUGCUCUUGAUUUGCUGCACUAUGUUGACAAGGAUGAUCCAUCUUCAAACUAUGAUCAACUUAAAAUUCACAUCUGGACUCGUGCCAUCUUACGAGACAAUUGGAGUCAAAUGUCAACGAGUGAUCCCAUGGAAUCUAACAGACAAACAGUGUUCUUCAAAAUGGUUGACCUUGCGCACAGUGAAGGUGAAGCCAUAGGAGAAAUUCUUCCAGAUGUUAAUGUUUUGUUGGCCUCAGAAGAGCUGGGACCACUGAGAGACAAUGCCAACUUUCAGUUUCUGCUCAAAGCUGGUUACGAGCACAUUCAGAGAAUACUGUCUUAACACAGUCCGGAAACACUGUCAUGGAAAAGAGAAUCGUGGUCGCUAACUGUACAAAUAUGGAACUGAAUAACUAACACUUUGUGCACUGAAAUAAUGUAGAUUGUCAUUAAUAAUCUGGUGUAAGCAUUCUCGAUAAAUACAAUGAUUGUAUUUUUACAGGUUGCACAGAUUGCGUGAACGAUCAUUUUAGUUGUGUGGGGCUUGAGAGAAACGCUGCUGCUUGUGUAACUCAUUUGUCAUUCAUGCAAAAUUUGCUGUACUGAACAAUAUUUUGUUAAUUUUUAUACCCAUUCCAGUAAACGUUGGUCAACAACCAAAACCAUUUUCUUUCGUUUUUACUAGUAAAAUGAAAUUUUAUAUUAAUAAAUCAUAUAAUGUUUUUUAUUACAUACCUAUUCAGUCUUACUAUAGUGAUAAAGACAUUUUCAAAGCAUGUGAUACAUUUAUUUUGUAUCACACAUAUGUGCGAUCUAGACCAGAACUUGUAAAUGGGGAAUUCUCUUUUUAUUUUUACUGGACUUGGCACCUUUUUAUUACUGAUUUACAAAUUUACAUCACAUUGUAUUUGAAACUACACAAGAUAGCCGCAGAGUAUGAUUCUUAACGUUUUUAACGUUAAGUAAAUCCAUGAAAGGAGGAUUGAUUAAUAGAUUUAAGAAAUUUUAGUUAUGGUAUUCAAUUAAAAACAGUUUUGUAAAAAAUAAAAGAAGGUAUGUAACAAACACAGAAAUUCAUAUACAUUGCUUUCACUUCCUAUUUAUUUGUACUAUUUAUUGCACUCAUUUAUUUUGCACUAGAACAUACCACUCAACCACUUCUCGGUCUCGUGCUAUAUAUUCUUGCGCAUAAAAUAAACUUGUGCAAGAAAUAGGAAGCAAUAACAAUGUGAAGUUCUGCAUAUAUAUAUUAUUUUGAAAAUAUUUUAUGCGAAGAACAGUGGUUAAACAAAGAAAAUUUGCAUAACUGACAAAUUUCCAUCCCUGAUUUAUGAUAACACUUUCAUAGAAAAAUAACGACAAUUGUGUAAAAAUAUGGGAGCAUACAUGUAUGUCAGUGAAUAAAAUUAUAUAUAGCAGCACUUUCAGAGAAAUGAGAUAAUGCAGUUGUUCAUAGAAAUGUGUGACCACAUCUCCAGAAAUGAAUGUUUAAUGACACCCCAGCACAAAAAUACUAAAAUACUCAUCUCUAGGAAUAACAUUUUAUGAAAGCAGAUAAUGCAGAACAUACAUGCUAAAAGUAGUGAAACAGUAUUUCAUGACAAAAUGUUGAUGGAAAACAAAAUCAUGAUGACCAAAUGUCAAAAAAUAACAAGUUUAUUGAGGGAAUUAAUGAAGAAUUGUUGUUUACAGACUAGGAUUAAAAAGUGCAUAAUAGUCACAUUUAUAUAUGUAAAGUCAGGUGGCCAUUUUUAGAUCCUGACACAAUCAUGAUGUUAAUACCUUGAUGUUUUCUCGGAAGGUUUUAACAUCAAAUCCAUAUGUUGUCAAAUAAAAUUUCAUCAUCAA